CCAGGGAAAGUCAACACGCUGAUGUGCAAGGUCAACACACAGUACGAUUACUGCGCUGCUUGCUCGCUCGCCUACUGUGCCGCCCCCGCCCCCGCCUGGAUGCAGGCAGAUUGAAUGCGGGCGGGGCGGUCAGGCGCGACGAGAAGCGACGCUCGGCAGCGUGGCGGCCGGCCUGCUACAAAUAUUGAUAUUCCGUAUUCCGUCCGUCGGGGCUCGGCGUGACAGCGGCGUGUGUGGACAGCGCACGUGUAACGUAGAGCGGCGCUGCGACGCGAUCAGGGCGGGGAGGUGCUCAGGCGCCGCCGCCAACGGAAGACGCUAUGGAUUGCAUCGCUAUGUAUUUCCGACCCGAUUUUCCCCACUUCCGGUGGAUUCGUGAGUGGGCGGAGAGCGAGGCUCCCGGACGGGCUCCCGGGCGGUGGGCAGAUUUGGGCAACGGAGCGCACUGCCUUCUGGCAGGGGCUGUACGCCAAAUGAGGCAGAAGUGGCUUAAGUAAGAGCACGUGCACGCUGGGGUCAAUCAAGGCGCGGUCGGCUCGCUCGCGGGGCGGCAGCGGAGGCGGAGGCGGCGGCGGCGGCUGAUGAUGAUGUCAGCCCGCGCCAUUGUUGGUGGCGACUGACCGGAGCGCGUGACAGUGGGCCGUCACAGGCCGCACCUCCGAUGCUCGCCCGCAGCCCAGCCCGCCCGGCAC